UCGCUCGUUGAUCCAUAUACAGUUAUUCCUUGUUUGUAAUGGUAGAUUGUAGGCAUUUUCUUCAGAUGUUUAUUUUCCGUUAGGACGGACGUGACUAGUAUUGAAAGAAACUGCACCUAUGUCUGUCUCUGUUGUGAACUCUUACAUAAAAUUUCUUCAGUUUGCACCACUUGGACUCCUGGUACCAUGCGUCAAGGCGGCUGCAGUUAAUUUGGAGCUUGUUCGACACCGUGGUAAUAAACACUGGAAUCCAAAGUUCAAAUGGCUUCGAAUGAAGAAGGUUAUAAAGGUCAAACUACCAGACUUUGAAGACACAAAAAGUGAGGCUGAUAUGACACCCGAAGAAAUUCGAUCAAAGUUGAAGGAGAGGGGAAUGCAGCCUCCCAGACCAUGGAUAGAACGUCCAUUUUACAUCAGUUCGACAGGUGGAGUGUUUGAACCAUACGUACCACCUGAAGGAGAUGGAAAAAUAUCUCCUAUAACUGUACAUGGAGCUAAGCAGAAAGUGGAAUUUUUAGAAAAGAAAAGUAAAUCCAUGUUGGCUGUACGUAAAAUUCGCAGUUAUGAGGAGGAUUUUGAAGUCAGUGAUUUUGUUCAACAAGCACAAGAUAUAUACAUAAAUGCACACACCUUAAUGGCAAGCAAAGAUGAAACUAAAAUUCAGGAGUUUGUGACAGAACGAGCAUAUCCUGAAAUACGCCAUAAUACUAUCGAUAAGACGAUUCACUGGAAAUUUGUCAAGUCAUUAGAGCCCCCACGUCUAGUUCACGCACGAUGCACUGAUAUCAUCACAAAGGAGAAUAUCUUUGGUCAAGUAACAGUGAGGUUUCACACACAACAGAUUCUUGCAAUCUAUGACCGCUUUGGGCGACUCAUGCACGGCAGCGAGAUACUUGCCAAAGAUGUAUUGGAAUAUGUUGUAUUUGAAAAACAUCUCUCUAAUGAAUAUGGUCUCUGGCGUUUGCAUGAAAAAAUCGUGCCAAACUGGAUGCCUCCAAAGGAACCAGUAACAAAGACUUUCAGGCUUGUUAAGAAGGAAACCCCUGAGGAGAGCUCAGAGACCAAAGAAGUACAGAGGACUUCAAGUGAAACAGAAGUUGGUCAACCACAAGCUGCACCAGUUUGAGUAAUCAUGUAGUUUGGGAUUAGACAUUAGUGAUCUGAUGCUGUUACUUUGAAAAAGAUCAGCUUUAUAGUGUUAGCAAUGCUGUUUGUGUGUUCCUGCCAGUGGUUUUGAAAGGGAAAGUUUUUGUGAAUGUGGUAGGCAGCAUGGCAGUAAUGCUAAAUUCUGAGGAUGCUUAUAGUGGAAAGAAAAAAUAUAACCAGACCACACAUAUGCUUUAUGUACCGUUUUUUAUAAUGAGAGAUUAUAACUGUAAAAAUGUUGUAUGAAAUAUUGUUUGGGUGUUGGAAUGUACCAAGUUGAUUGUGCAACUCUCACAAGUUGUUUUCAAAAUUAACAGAACUCAUUAUUUCCUGAACACCAAGAAAAGAUUUUCAGAAUCAAUCAGACUUUCAUUUCACAAUGAGACUUCAGAAUCGGGGGGGGGGGGGACUCUUACAGCAUGAUUGAGUCAGAUGACUGCAUUUCACAUGCACAAAGAAUGCAAACAUCAAAUAUUGGUGUGUAUAGCAAAGGGGUAAAGGUGCUUAUGCUGUACCUAAAAUUUUAUAAUUCCUUUUGCUUGAAAAUUUGUUUCCAGGUGUUGUGGAAUGUAACAUGUUGAAUAUUUGUCAAACGUCAAGUUGAUUCAAUAAAUAUUCCUGUUGGUCUACCAUGA